UUAAUUUGGGCACCGGAAAAAGAAGUUAUCGGCAGCUGAGCGAUUACUCCUCCAUGAACAAAUUAAGACACUGAAAAAAUGGCUGAAGAAUCAGAGAAGCGAUUUCAGGACGCCAUGGAUAAGAUCUUUCGAACUCCUCCUAAAUCCAAACUCAAUUCCAGUGCAUCUGGAGUUCAAUUGUCAAGAGGCAAGAAGCGUCCGGAUAUGUCAUCAAUUGGCAAAACAGUUAACAAGUACAACUUAUUAGCUACUAAAGGUUCAGGGGAAGCUCCGCCGUGUAGACCAUGGGACCGGGAUGAUUUGUUUAGAAGGAUAUCAACUUUUAAGUCUAUGACUUGGUUUGCUAAACCACAGACAAUCAGUGCUGUUAACUGUUCUAGAAGGGGUUGGAUCAAUGUGGAUAUGGAUACCAUUGCCUGUGACGCAUGUGGAUCACGAAUGCUCUUCACUACUCCGCCAUCUUGGACACAACAACAAGUUGACAAAGUGGCCUUGGUGUUCAGCUUGAAGCUAGAUAGUGGACACAAGCUACUUUGCCCUUGGAUUGACAAUGUCUGCGAUGAAAAACUAGCAGAUUUUCCACCUACGGCUACUGUUGUGCUUGUUGAUCAGUAUAAAAUUCGGCAUUCUGCUCUAUCACAGCUUGCUGCUCUUCCUGUGAUUUCACCUAAGGCCGUUGAUUCCUUGAGAAACCCUCAGCUGGAACAAUUUCUACGAGAAUCCUUAACUGUGGAACGUGAUGAAUCCAUGCAAACUCCCCAAGAAGAAACCAGAAAUGAACCCACUUCAGUUUCUUCUCUCACAUAUUAUCAGGCACAAAAGCUCAUUAGCUUGUGUGGGUGGGAACUCCGCAGACUGCCAUAUUUGGUUGACCCCAAGGAUCAACUGAAUCAAUCUAGUAAGGAUGCUAAUCUCUCAGAUAAGUCUAUUUUGAGCAGAAAAAGUCAGACUAUUACUGUCUACAGUUCAUGUACUGAUGAGACUUCUGAGAGCAAGCCAGAUGAUGACAAUCAAGCUUCUGAAGAAGCAGUAAUCAAUCCAAAUUCUGUUGUUCUCGACUGCAAGUUUUGUGGGGCUUGUAUUGGUCUAUGGGAUUUUUCCAUGGUUUCUCGGCCUUUGGAAUUUCUACGAGUAAGUGGAUACACACAGGUCAACAAUGACCAUAUCAAUCACACCGACGGUGAUGAAAAUCUUCUCUCAGGCAACAGUGAUCGUGAUCAGAGUAGAGAAUGCAUAGGACAAGUUGCAACUUCUGCUAACACUAUGUUAGAUAGAAGACCACCAAAUUUCAACUUGACGAUUGCCGGUGGUCCUCCUCCAGUAACACAUAAUUAUAGGGCAAAAAUAUCUCUGCCAAUCAUUGGACGGAAUUUGAGAGCAUGGUUUAUUGCUGAAUCUGAGCUUAAGGAUGAUUUAGUAACCAAGAGCUCAUCUGGUGUAUGCAAAAAUCCAGAGUUUCUUGCAGGAGAAAAUACUGAGGAAGGAACUUCACUGUCUACUUCGGAAGUGAUUACAGAAGCUCAACCCGAAAACAACCAGGCUGCAGCUCAAGUUUCUGGUAACACCACUGAAAUGGCUGAUAAUGCAGAAAGUAUGAACAAGGUUGAUCCAGCAGUCAUGGAUCAUUGUAAGGACAAAGUUGGAAAUGAUUUUGGAUCAUCUAGUCGAGGGAAGGAGUUGCCAAUUCUAUCCUUAGAUAAAGCUUUGGAGUUUGAUCCAUUCAAGCUGCACAGAUAUUUUUGCCCCUGGAUAGCAUCUAAUGGUGGCUCUCCACCAGGAUGGGAACAAACAUUAUCUGCUUUAGAACGUCAUGAGAAAUCUUCUUCUCCUUUGUCCAAUCAUACUCCAUCUUCCUUGAUUAAGGUGGAUGAUCCUGUUGCUUCAGUGCAAAAGCUUUUUACAUCCCCACAGGCUAAACGAAGGAAGCUUGUUCGUCCAAGUUAAUUCAGCAAAGUUAUCCAUGUGAUGGAGUACACCCCAUGGUUCACGUGAUAAGAUUACCUUCCCGGUGGAGACAGUUUCUGCAUCUUAUUGCCUAUAUUUUACGUGGAUGUUAAAACCAUGUGCUUUGAAGAAUACUCUAGAUGAUGCGCCUCU